AUGCUGCAAAACAUCAAGAACUACAGCCUCUUCCAAGACCUAAACGCCCGCCUCGUGCUCAUCGGCGUCGUCUCCUCGCUCGGCGCGCUGGGAUUCGGCUUCGACAACGGCUGGUGGGGCGGCGCGCUGGGCCUCCCCGAGUUCCAGCGCAAGUACGGCGCCUGGGACGAAGAGUUAGCCCGGUACACGAUCCCCUCCCACAAGACGUCUGUGGGGACGGGGACCGGCUCUGCGGGUAUCAUCCUUGGCUGCAUCAUCGCGCCCAUUGUCACCUCGAAGCUCGGGCGCCGCAAUGCAUUUCUCGUCCUGUCAGCUCUUAUGCUUGUGGGAAUCACGCUUGAAGCCUCUGCUGUGACGUCCUACUGGCAGCUCGUUGUUGGUCGAAUCGUCGUGUACUCGGGGAUUGGAUUAGCUUCGAACUGCGUGCCGCUCUAUCUAUCCGAGUGCUCUCCUCCGCGGAUCCGAGGCGCAUUCUUAGCGUUGUACAGCUUCUUCACCUCGCUCGGAACCUUUCUUGCGGCAGUCGUCGUAUAUCUCGCUCGUACCAGGCAAGAUCAAUGGCAGUACUUAAUUGUCAUCCUCUGCCAACUGAUCGUCCCGGUCGGCUACAUAUCCUUUUACGUGUUCCUCCCCGAAUCCCCCCGGUACCUCAUCUACAGAGGGCGCUACGACGAAGCCGAAGCCGUGCUGCGGACCCUCUCUAACCAUCCCGAAACAAUCCCCGCAGAGGUCGAGCUUCUAAAAGCGCAAGAUCUGGAACAGCGCGAACUGCACCGCGCAACAUCACUGCUUGACUGCUUCCGUGGGACAAACCUCCGGCGCACGGUAAUCGCCAUGGGCGUGCAGAUCCUGCAGCAGGCGCAAGGGGUUAGCUUCAUCCAGAACUUCGUGGUCACUUUCAUGCAGCAACUCGGCUUCCCGGAUCCACUGCGGAGUAAUCUUAUGGUUACAGGGUGUAGCUUUGCAGUGCAUAUUAUUACAUUCUUAACCUUUGACAAGAUCGGGCGACGGCCAUCGCUGCUUUUCGGGGCGAUCCUGAUGGCGGGGACAAUGCUGGGCACAGGCGGGGCGACGACGACGGGAACACCAGGAAACUACUCAGAUACAGUAGGCGAGGCGUCUGUUGCGCUGCUAAUCUUGUGGUACUGUAUCUACGGGUUCACGUGGGGUCCCGGGUGCUGGGUUAUGGCUGGGGAGGUGGGCACGGGCCAGCUGCGGGAGCGGACACUGUUUCUCGCGAGCAUGGGCAGUUUCGUCACGUCUGUGCCAAUCAACUUUGUGAAUCCAUAUGUUCAGUCGGCUUUGGGCGGGAGUGUGACAUUUAUCUAUGGGGCGUUUAGUGUCGUUGCAGCCGUUUGGGUGUGGCUGCUUGUUCCAGAGACCAGGGGUCGGUCGUUGGAGGAGCUGGAUGAUAUGUUCCAGGCCAAGGUGCCAACAAGGGAGUUUAGGAACUAUGUAUGCACGGGUCUAGGGGCGGAGAUUACGAAUCUGGAUGGAGGUCAAAGGAUGGAGGACAAGGCUGAGGUUGAGUGGAUUGAGAGGGAGAAGACCGCCGCUCCAAGUGGGUAG